AUGUAUAACUUCAUCGAUGCUGGAAUACAGCAUCUCUGUGAGACAUACGGUAUUGAUAAUUUUACUUUACGUUUUGCCAUUUGUUUACUAGGUUCAUUCCCAUUGAAUGCGAUACUGAAAAGGUUACCAGAUAAACGUGUCAAUUUGAAAUGUGGUUACAUUAUAUUUAUUUCCUUCAUAUAUCUAUUUGGUGUAAUGAAUUUACCUUCAGGUUUUAGAACACUAUUUAUUAGUUCUACAUUUACCUUUUUGAUUACUAGAUUUUACCAUUCUGCAUUUAUGCCUCACAUUAAUUUUGUAUUUGUUAUGGGUCAUUUAGCAUUAAAUCAUAUUUAUGCUCAUUUUGCAUCAAAUUCAAGUAAUGUAAACAUUAAUUCCCAAAUCGAUAUUACAAGUGCUCAAAUGGUCAUGGUAAUGAAAUUGACCUCGUUUGCUUGGUCAUAUCAUGAUGGUACUUACUUAAAUAAAGAAGAAUUUGAUACUCAAUUGACUAAAUAUCAACAAUCUAGAGCUAUCAAGAGUCAUCCUUCUUUAUUAAAAUAUUUUGCUUAUGUGUUUUUUUAUCCAACUAUAUUAACAGGACCAAGUUUUGAUUUUGUUGAUUUUGAUUCAUGGCUAAAUUGUGAAAUGUUUAAUGAUUUACCAGAAUCUAGAAAACCAUUAAAUAGAUAUCAUCAAAGUAAAAGAAGACAGAUUCCUAAGAAUGGUAGAUUAGCAGCUUUGAAAGUUGUACAAGGUUUAUUUUGGAUGGUACUUUACUCUGUACUACCCAGAUAUAUUAAUAUUACUACUGUCUUAAACUCAUCUAUAUUCAUGUCUCAUAAUUUCAUUUACAGAAUACAUUACAUGUACCUUUUAGGUUUAGUCACCAGAUUUAAGUAUUACGCCGCAUGGACUAUCUCAGAAGGGUCAUGUAUCGUAUGUGGUCUGGGUUAUAAUGGUUACGAUAAAAAGACCGGUGAGAUCAAGUGGGAUCGUGUAAAAAAUAUCGAUAUUAUGGCCGUAGAGACAGCUCAAAGUACAAGAGAUUGUUUAGAAGCUUGGAAUAUGAAUACUAACAAAUGGUUAAAAUAUUACAUAUAUUUACGUGUGGCAAAGAAAGGUAAGAAACCAGGAUUUCGUUCAACCUUGUUUACAUUCCUUACUUCUGCAUUUUGGCAUGGAUUCAGUGCAGGUUACUAUUUAACGUUUGCAACAGGUGCCUUAUAUCAAGCUUGCGGUAAAUUUUACAGAAGGAAUUUUAGACCAAUAUUCUUGAAAGCAGAUGGUAUUACGCCAACAAAAUAUAAAUGGAUUUAUGAUUAUUUAGGUGAUUAUGUUAUCAAAAUAUCUUUUGGAUACUUGAUUCAACCAUUCUUAGCAUUGGGAUUCACUGAUUCGUUAAAGGCUUGGGCAUCUGUGUACUUUUAUGGUCAUAUUAUUGUCCUUGUAUCGUUCUUCAUAUUCAAAGGUCCAUAUGCUAAAUCUGUAAUGAAGUUCUGUAAGUCUUUACAAUCGAAGGAAAUUGAAGCCUUGAACCAGAAGAGGAUUGAAAAGGACAUUUCAAAGAGUUCUGGAAUCUUGAGUGAUAUUAUAAAGGAUAAGAUUGAAUACGAAAAACAAGCUACAACUAAUUCUGAUGAAGAAUUAGAUCCAUUAGAGUUACACGAAAUGAAUCUAGGUAUUCCAAAUAUCGAUGAUGCAGAUUGGGAUGAGGCAAAAGAAGAUUUCAACAAAUUUAUUAAUGAAUAUAAUGAAUGGAAGGAUAAAAAGGGUCUUGAGAUCGAAGAAGAGAAUUUAUCCAAGGCCUUCCAAAAUUUCAGAAACGAGUUGGCUGAAACUGCUAACAAUGCAUCUGACACUACCAGAAAGAUGAGUUUUAGUAGUUAUUCUCCUCGACCAAUCUCUAAGAAGGACAAAUAG